AUGGAGUGGCUUGGGAGGGCCAAGAUUGAGUUCACUCAUUCGCCAACUCCAAGGACGAUCAAGGAAAAGGAUGGCAAUGAGACGGAUCUCCUCAAGAUCUGCGAGUCAAAUACGCCACCAUGCCAACUAAACCCACUGUUAUUCAACGGCCACCUCCAGACAAUCUGGACAGCAACGAAGCCGCAUGGACCCCUGGUUUAUUACAAGCGCAAGAUCUUCGAGGCUGAACACGAAGCCUACGCAGGGUCCUUUGCUGUCGAUUUUGUCGUAGAGCCUCACGAUGGUCGAGACGAGGGCCUACCGCCCCGGACUAUCCACUACUCGGAACAAGAGUUCGCCAACAUCAGCUCGGAUGAUGCCAAGCCUAUGCUAGUGGUGCUCCAUGGCCUUUCAGGCGGCUCUCAUGAAGUUUACCUGAGACACACAAUUGCUCCUCUCCCAGCACAAGGCUGGGAGAUAUGUGUGGUGAAUUCCCGAGGCUGCGCAGGCAGCAAAAUCACCAGCGGCAUCUUGUACAAUGCACGGGCAACGUGGGAUAUCAGACAGACGGUCAAGUGGCUUCGGAAGACAUUUCCAAACCGCCCGCUGUUUGGCAUUGGCUUCUCCCUCGGUGCCAAUAUUAUAACCAAUUAUUGCGGUGAAGAGGGUUCGGAUUGCCUCUUCAAGGCUGCUAUUGCCUGCUCAAGCCCCUUCAGUCUGGAUAUUGCGAGCAAAACAAUGACAAGCACCCUUAUUGGAAAAGAAGUCUACAGCAGAGUAAUGGGCACUGCCAUGAAAGCCUUGAUUGAGAGACACAAAAAGGAGCUUAAGCAAUACACCAACUUGGAUUUCGCUGCUAUUGCAAACACCACUUACUUAUAUGAGUUUGAUCGGCAAAUCCAAUGUCCCACAUGGGGAUACCCAACCGAAACCGCUUAUUACCGCGACGCUUCUUCGGCCGACGCCAUCCUCUCAAUCAAGAUACCUUUCCUAGCGAUCUCAGCCAUAGAUGAUCCCAUUGCGGUCAAGGAAGCUAUUCCAUUCGAGGAGUUCCGUCAGAAUCCCAACACUAUUCUGCUCACCACAUCUUUGGGCGGCCACUUGUGCUGGUUUGAAACUGGAGGAUCUCGUUGGCACCCUCGUCCGGUGUGCAAUUUCCUGAACCAUAUGGCAUUCAAGGUUGAUCUCGAUAGUGUCGUGCCAAUGGAUUAUCCCGCUAGAGCGCAGGCGUUUUCGGGCUCUGAUUAUGACCCAAUGAGGCGUAAGAUGAACAUUGUGCGGAGUUAG